AUGGUCCAACUCAAGCACAUAUACCCCACAAUCCUCACGUCUCUUCUCGCACGCCCCCUAACCACAACCGCUUUACCGCAACUGCCAACCCUGCCCAAAGAAAACGUAGUUUGCAACAACCCCAACCUUCGCGACGACCCCAUCAACCCUCAAGACUGCCUCUCAGCCGCUUCCCUCUUCCAAAACAUCAUACCCGAGAAGACCUCCACCCUCGUCUUGUAUGGCAAUCAAUACACGCCCCACGACGGAUACAACGAAUCUACCUUAGUCGCGCCCUCAACAUUCGUCGUCGGAACCUGCGCUUUCACUCCCAUGACCGACGCCGCCCCGCAGCUCAUCAACCGCACUAUCCUGGCUGAAGCCGCCACGCUUGUUAUGGCUACUUGCGAUACCCCAGCCAUCCCGACCGAGUCUACUACUAAUGGAGCCGCUUUGUCCUAUGAUGGAGGGAAUUAUACGUUUCCUCAAUACGGCGGCCAUGUAACUGUGUGGAUUACGGGGAAGAACACGGCGCUCGACGCUGCCGCCGCGAAGAAUUAUCCGACCCUGCCGGUCUUUACACCUUACUUGCCCCCGUGGCCGAUUUAUAAGAAUGGGAGUGUGGGUCUGGGGCCUGGACAAUAG